AUGGGCAAUAGCAAUUCCACAUUCAUCGCUCAAAAUUUUGGUAAUGUCAAUAAUAUUGAAUCUGUUUGCGAGGCUAUAAAAAUUCCUGGGGCUAAAGAUUAUCCAAAAGAUGGUCUACAAGCACAGUUAUCUUGGAUUGACAAAUCUGCGCUGGAUUACUUGAAGACUAACUGGUCCCAACACUAUAAAUAUGGCUGGGAUGGCAUUGAAACUAAACCUGGUGGCGCGACAAGUUAUGGUACACUUUUCGGAACGGGAUGGUUUGAUCAGAAUUUCACACUUUCGAAUGUAUCUGAUUAUUUUCAGACAGAAAUUACAGAAGGUUUUACUCAAUCACAACUUGUGACUUUAAGCAAUGAAAUUGCCAAAAAUCUUCAGCAAUUAUUUAAUGACCCCGAACAAGGCUUUCGGAACGAUGUAAUAACUAUCACCAUCGGGGACACCAAAGUCAAUGUUUUCUAUGGAGGAGGGACUUUCAAUG